CUUUUUUUCAUUAUUAAAUAAACAACACACAAGGAAAUACCACACUAGAAAAUGGUGUUAUUGCAAGUUCUUUCAACCUUCACACCCACAAAUGUGGUGUCUAGUCCGAAAACCACACCAUUCCCCAUUCGCCGACCAUACCUUACUAAUCCUCUUUCCCUUUGUCACCCAUCAUGUUACGUUAUUUCUAACCCAAGUCCUCUCCUUUCUUCCACGCCUCGCCGUUUUUCCACACUCCCAUCCCAUGCUAAUAAGUUUUCAUGUGUUAAUGAUCGAAUCACCGGGGUUUUAGAGAUGGAACUCAAAGUACGUGACUACGAGUUGGAUCAAUAUGGAGUUGUUAAUAAUGCUGUAUAUUCUAGUUAUUGCCAGCUUGCAACUCAUGAGCUCGGUAGAGUAAUUGGUCUAAAUGAUGAUGUGAUUCAGAACACUGGUGCUGCUGCUUUGUCCAAAUUCUCUAUUACUUUUCUCUCACCUCUCAAGAGUGGGGACGAGUUUGUUGUGAAAUCUAUAAUCUCAGACGUGUUAGCUGCUCGCUUGUUUUUCGAUCAUUUUAUUUAUAAGCUUCCAAAUUACGAGCCAAUCGUUGAAGCCAAAGCAGUGAUCGUUCUACUCGAUAAAAAUCACCGUCCUGCUCGAAUACCGGAACAUGUGAAAUCAAAGGCCAAACAAUUUAUGAGUAAUGAAAGCUCAACAAUGGAUCUUACAAAAUCAUUUGCAACUAUUUAACGCAACAUUAAUAUUAAGGUUUAGCUAGUAAAUAAUAAUAAAUAGUAAAAAAUAAAAAAUAUAUAUUAUUUCUAAUGUUUAACUUUGUAUCUUUUAAUCUGGUUAAAGCAUUAUUUGUGGUUAUUUGUAAUUGUAUAAUCAAAUUUGACUUACGGUUGAACUAAAUCCAGAGAUCUGAUGUUUUAGAGAUUCGGAAUGAAAAAUAUAUUAUGGACUAACU